AAAUCUGGGUUGAAGUGAGUUCGUGUUCGUGUGUUCUCUAAAGAAUCCUGAGUAUGGAUUGUGAGGAAAACGUUGGGAAUGAAUCGCUCGUUCUGAUAAAGCAAGGAGCAGAAGCUAGGGUGUUUGAGUCUACAUUUGCUGGAAGAAGAUCCAUUGUGAAAGAACGAUUCUCGAAGAAAUAUAGACACCCGAUUUUGGAUGCGAAACUCACACUCAAACGCUUGAAUGCGGAGGCUAGGUGUAUGACAAAGGCAAGAAAGCUCGGGGUUUGUACUCCAGUCCUCUAUGCUGUGGAUACUCUGCUUCACUCUUUAACACUUGAGUACAUUGAGGGCGUCUCUGUUAAAGACAUUUUCCUUGACUUUGGGGCCAAUGGAGUUGUUGAGGAACGGUUAGAUGAUGUUGCUACUCAGAUUGGGGCUGCAAUUGCUAAGCUCCAUGAUGGUGGCUUGGCUCACGGUGAUUUGACUACAUCAAAUAUGUUAGUCAGAAGUGGAACAGAUCAGCUGGUACUAAUCGAUUUUGGCUUGAGUGUCACAUCGACCUUGCCUGAAGACAAAGCUGUUGAUUUAUAUGUGCUUGAAAGAGCCUUGCUCUCAAUGCAUUCUUCAUGCGGGAAUGUGAUGGAUCGUAUAUUGACAGCGUAUAGGAAGUCCUCGAAGCAAUGGUCAGCCACGUUUAACAAGCUCGCACAAGUGAGGCAACGAGGGAGAAAACGGACUAUGAUUGGAUGAGUCAAGAUCUCCAGUGAUCCUGUAUUUGAACUUGACUACAAAGCCACCCAAAAUUUUUCUAUAUGAUUGAAUAGCGGUGGGAAAACUCAUGGCUUGAAUGUUUAAAUACAUGUACACUACUCUGUUUUAUUGUUCGAUCAGUAUGAAGCUGUCGAUGCUAAAGUUUCAGUGGGCGUUCGUUGGCUUUUACGGUCGGAGGAUGAGGUUUGAUAAAAUGGACAUAAGACA